AUGGAGGACCACGUCGGCCACGUUCGCGCAGUAUGCGCCGUGUUACGCAAGGAGAAGCUUUAUACUCGACUCUCCAAAUGUGCGUUUGGUCGUAACGAGAUUGCAUUUUUAGGGCAUAUGGUUUCCGACGAAGGUCUGCAGGUCGACCCAAAGAAGACCGAUGCUAUUGCACAGUUUCAUGCUCCGACGUGUCGCAAGGAGCUGCUGAGUUUUCUCGGGCUGGCUGGGUAUUAG